AUGUCCUCCACUUUAGCUGCUGAAGUUUACGACAAGUUCGAAAAUGAAUUCGUUGAUUGUCAAUCUCCAACUGAACCCAAGGCCUUGACUGAUGAAUCAUUAGUCCCUGUCCUGAAGGGUGAGUUUGAUAAAAAAUUCAACGAAAUCGACGAAAGGUUCAAUGAGGUAAACAAAAACCUUACGAACUUAAUUAACAAGCUUAAUCUCGGAGAAGUUCCAAACAAGGAACCAAAGGGUAAGGAAAAGGCUGAUGCUACAAAUGCUGGUAAUGGAUCAGAGUCCCAAUCAGAUUCGGAGUCAUCGCUGGAUUCUGACGAAGACCUGCUGGAAAAUAUUAACACUCCUAUAUCCGAGACCCUUGAAAGAGGUAAGGGAUAUAGUACUUCGAAUUCUAAAGAAGAAAUUAGAAGGUCGGUAUGGAGACUAAUUGAUAAAUAUGAAGACCAACUUCAAAAGUUGCCAGAAUUGGAUACAAGCCCUGAGACUAUAGCCAAGUAUAAGACCACACUCAAACGCGUCUACACUCGGAUUCCGCCAUUAAAGGAGAUCGUAUUGAAUGACUUUAACCUCAAAUCAACCUCAAAAGAUACGGUUUUUCUUGACGGUCAUAGUACAGCCAAUAAGGUAUACUUCUAUAAAUUAGUGGCCGAAAAUAUAGCAAGUAUCCUAAGCGAAAACACAGCAACAGCUUUUGAAAACGAAGCUGGAAAUGUUACAUUGAAGAAAAUCAUCGGAUACAUCGAAACUCACGAUGGUAAUGAUUGUUCAGCACAGAUCAUUGAAUAUAUCAAGAAGUUUAAAAAGAUCGAAAGACUCACCAAUACUUCAGAUAUUGAGAAUCAUCUUGUACGUAUAACUUCCGUUACCGAUCGUCAGAUUACCCAGUUCUUAAAAACAUUAAACUCCCGCGAUGCUAUUGCCUACUUCAUAUAUGUCAACAACAGUAACGAAUCAAAUGUCAAAGCUUUAGGUAGACAACUAAAUGAACAAUACCAAGCUUUUAAAAAUGAUUCAUCAAAGGUUGCAGCUCCACUCAGACAUACAUUUCUUAAAAUGAGAUCCGAUUCAAAUUUUAUUGAUAUGCCUCUGAAUUCGUCGGAUAAACAACUUCAAAAUAAGAAAAGUCAUACACAUGGAUACAAAAAGAACCAAAAUUACACUGAAUCACAAAAGAACAGUGGAAAUAAGAACUUCGCCAACAAUUAA